AUGGCUUCAGACGAAAUCCAAGCGUCCUCGUCCACCAACGCGAGAAAGCGACGAGCCCGAGACGAACACCCUCCCACCGAGAGUCAAGGCCCUGAUGCCCCAAAGGCUAGCCACAAGCGCCCCAAGAAGAAAGCCGCGCCCAAGAAGAAAGCCGCGCCCAAGAAGAAAGCCGCGCCCAAGAAGAAAGCCGCGCCCAAGACGAAAGCCGCGCCCAAGACGAAAGCUGCGCCCAAGACAGAAGCCGAGCCCAAGACUAAGGGCGAGAAUCUUUUCAAUUCAAUCACCGAGACACCCGAGGCGUUUGUGUAUGUUGAGGUAUCUCGUUCUAGCCGUGCCAAAUGCCGUGCUGGACGCGACUGCCUUGAUUGGUACGAGCACCGUGGCUGUAUCGACGUUGACGUUAUUUCGACUUACAUCGCCGCCCAGAAGACAUAUGAGAAGGAAGCAAAGAAAUGCAAUGAUGACGAGAACACUCGACCGCUGACAAAGCCUACUCUAAGCAAUUACACGACAGAUACCGUUUCUAACUGUCUUUGGGAUAUCUUAUGCCAUAAGGAUUCUGAAGAGAUGAAGGGCCCGGUGCCCGAGAUUUCUUUUCACGAUUAA